GGUCGGGGAGGCCCGGCUUUAAAAAGGCGGCUGAAACAGAGCUGCCCGCCAGACCCCGCCGACCGGAUCCUCAGAGCUGCCCGCCUCCCCACGUGACUGCGCCGACCACCAGCUCCACUGCUGAGUGAGUUGGGGCGCGUCCCCAUCCACCCCAAGAGCCUCGCCCAGCUGCGUGGUCUACUGAACCCGGGGCCCACUCGCCAUGGCCCUCUUAGGGGCCCUCUUCCUAGUGCUGCUGGCGGGCGCUCACGCGGAGCUCCCCGGCUGCAAAAUCCGCAUCACCUCCAAGGCGCUGGAGCUGGUGAAGCAGGAGGGGCUGCGCUUUCUGGAGCAAGAGCUGGAGACCAUUACCAUUCCGGAUCUGCGGGGCAGGGAAGGCCACUUCUACUACAACAUCUCUGAGGUGAAGGUCACGGAGCUGCAGCUGACAUCCUCUGAGCUCCAUUUCCAGCCAGAACAGGAGCUGAUGCUUCAAAUCAACAAUGGCUCCUUGGGGCUUCGCUUCCGGAGGCAGCUUCUCUACUGGUUCUUCUAUGAUGGGGGCUAUAUCAAUGCAUCCGCCGAGGGCGUUUCCAUCCACACGGCUCUGCAGCUCUCCCAGGAUCCCACUGGCCGAAUCAAAGUGUCCAACGUCUCCUGCCAGGCCUCUGUCUCCAGAAUGCACGCAGCCUUUGGAGGAACCUUCAAGAAGGUGUAUGAAUUCCUGUCCACUUUCAUCACCUCGGGGAUGCGCUUCCUUCUCAACCAGCAGAUCUGCCCCGUGCUCUACCAUGCAGGGAUGGUGCUUCUCAACUCCCUCCUGGACACCGUGCCUGUGCGCGGUGCUGUGGACGAGCUGGUGGGCAUUGACUACUCACUCCUGAAAGAUCCCGUGGCCUCCACCAGCAAUCUGGACAUGGAAUUCCGGGGGGCCUUCUAUCCCCUGGCUGAGGGGAACUGGAGCCUGCCCAACCGGGCGGUGGAGCCGCAGCUGCAGGAGGAAGAGCGGAUGGUGUACGUGGCCUUCUCUGAGUUCUUCUUCGACUCUGCCAUGGAGAGCUACUUCCGGGCGGGGGCCCUGAAGCUGUCGCUGGUGGGGGACAAGGUGCCCCAUGAUCUGGACAUGCUGCUGAGGGCCACCUAUUUCGGGAGCAUUGUCCUGUUGAGCCCGGCCGUGAUUGACUCUCCACUGAAGCUGGAGCUGCGGGUCAUGGCACCUCCGCGCUGCACCAUCAAGCCCUCGGGCACCACCAUCUCCGUCACCGCCAGUGUCUCCAUUGCCCUGGUCCCACCCGGCCAGCCUGAGGUCCAGCUGUCCAGCAUGACCAUGGAUGCCCGACUGAGCGCCAAGAUGGCCCUCCGGGGGAAGGCGCUGCGCACACAGCUGGACCUGCGCAGGUUCAGAAUCUACUCGAACCAGUCUGCACUGGAGUCACUGGCACUGAUCCCGCUGCAGGCCCCUCUGAAGACCAUGCUGCAGAUUGGGGUGAUGCCCAUGCUCAAUGAGCGGACCUGGCGAGGGGUGCAGAUCCCACUCCCCGAGGGUAUCAACUUUGUGCGCGAGGUGGUGACAAACAACGCAGGCUUCCUCACCAUCGGGGCUGACCUCCACUUUGCCAAAGGGCUCCGAGAGGUGAUUGAGAAGAACCGGCCUGCCGACACCAGGGGGCCCCAAGCAUCCAGUGCCCCGCCCCCCUCCACGGCAGCUGUCUGAGCCCUCAGCCCCCACCCCAGCAGCUGCAUCCAGGACUCCGAUGCCUCUCAUCCCCUCCCACCCCCAUGCCUAUAGUGUCCUCUCUAACCUCCAGGGCCACAGAGAAGACGGGUUUUAAAUUGUACCCAAUUUUAUUCCAUAAUCACUGUCAAGCCAUCAAUUACAGUCCGUCCGGCCUCCCAUGGGCUGUCCUGA